AUGGAGCUCCAGAAGGGCCAUUACCAUCCCGCAGGACCAGACGACCUACGUUCUCCGUGUCCGGUCCUUAACUCCCUUGCCAACCAUGGCUAUAUCGCGCGCGACGGGAAAUCCAUCACCGCCGCCGAGCUGAAAUCAGCCAUUCGAUAUGUCGGAUUAGGCUUAGACUUAGCCUCUGUUCUCGUAAGCCGCGUCUUCCAAGUCCACUCCGACGACCCAAACCACGGACCACCAGGAAGCUCCAAAGUUGGGCUACGCGAUCCAGGCCAAGUGAAUCAAUACGGGAUUCCCGUGCUCAACCUCGAUCAAGUCGGCCGUCCUCAUGCAUUAGAACACGACGUCUCGAUCACCCGUCAAGACCGCGCAUUGGGCGACUGCAUCCACCUAGACCCUGACCUAUACAAACAGUUCCUUCGAACCGCGAAGGGAGGCAGGUUUCACACCACAAUAAUGGGAAGGUAUCGAAAGGUCCGAUAUGAUGAGCAGCAGAGGGACAAUCCACACCUGCAAUUCGGCAAGUUCGAACACUACGUUGCGUGUUCUGAAGUGGCAGCACUGCGAAGUGUCUUUGGGAAGGGUGUCACGAAGGGCAUUCCGGAUGACUAUGUACGGGCUGUUUUUGGCGAAGAGCGUCUGCCGUACGAUGAGGGUUGGAGUCCACGACGGUUCAAGGUGUAUUUUCCAGAGGCACUAGCGAUGUUGUUAGUCAUUUCGCACUAUGCUUGGCCUUGGUGA